UCCUAUUUUCGUCACUGCUAUUAAGACUGACAGGUGUGACUAUAGGUGUGAUUAUAGCAGGUAGAACUGGUUUUGUGAGACUACUUUAAAUUGAACUCUCCGUUCUAGUUUGUUUUACACUUAUCACUGUGCUCAAGAUUCAUGCAAGAUAGGAGGCGAAUGGUGUCGAAAGAUAUGCUUGCUAUUCCUGAAUAACCAUCACCUGCCACCAUGAAUGUUGGAUUUUUUCUAAGCCUACUGGCAGCUAUGUGCCCGCCUCAUGUCUGGACCACAGACUCUACUGAGAUUCCUGCAAUUAACACCAGUACAGGACCGGUGGUCAGUAAACCUUCAAGACCUCAGCCAUUCAUGGAACAAACCAAACAAUUGGACAAACAAACAACUCCAACCAUGGACUCAAAGAAAUUGACUUCAACGAUGGAAACAACAUUUAGCUCCAAAAGUAAAACGGAAACCGUAGGAGCUUCAAUAAUGGCAAAUGUAACUGGAGUCAAAGGAAGUACAUCAGACCCGAUGGAGGAAAUAAAUGCUGAAUCAACGAAGGGAAGUACAAGUCAAAAUAUAGCCGCUGCCAAUGAAACAAAUACUGUUUAUAAUGUUACACCUGUGACUGGUCUCCAGGAACCUGCCUUAACCAGUACAACAUCUGGCACUUCCACAUUGCUGCAUAAUAAGUCAAGACUGAUGAACUCCUCAGCAGAAACAGUGACUGCAGCACAGAUUUAUACUGACUCCACUCUUUCAGCCUCAACUACAGCUCAGUCCAGCAAAGCUCUGACUAUACCUAAAUUUAGCUCACCUUUACCAAAUUCAACCCAGAUGGAUACAAUGGUAUCUCCCAACAACAUACCUAUAAACAUUGUUGUGACAGCUAUGGCAGCCGCACCUAAGGUCACAGACGUCACAGAUCACAGCAUGCCAAUCACCAUUCCACAGUUAUCACAAACUGGUCCUACCAAAACACCUACACGGAAAUUCCAAGACACAUCCGAUAUAGUGCAGUCAAAUUUAACUUCUGACAUAUUUAACAACAUAUCUGGGACGGUGUCAUCUCUGAAUUCAUCAGCUUUGAUUAAUUUGAAAGCCAUGAAUUCUACGUUCAGCCCAUCUGCAUCCACUACUCCAAAAAAAGCCACAAGUACAGGCAAAAUCAACAAAACGUUAGCCUUAAACCUUAGAACAACAUUAAAAACAAGUUUCCCUGAACAAAAAACAUUAGUAACAACCACAUUGACACAAAUCAGAGCUGAAUCAAAGACAACAUCAACAGCUCCAGCACAAAGGACAGCAUCUAUGUUGACAGAUUUGGCUAUAUCACAAACAUCAACAUUGGAAUCAAUUGUAGUACCUCCAAUGGCUGAUAGUACAGGGUCAAUUACAACAACUAUGAAAAAAGCUAGGGCAACAGCAUUUACAAAACAAACUAGAGGACCUGUGGAUACAGUGUCCACAACUACAACAACAACAACAUAUAUUCCACUCACAAUAAAAACACAAACACAAUUUACGGUUGUAACCACAAAAUCAGAAACUUCAGCCGAAGCUGCACCACCUUUAACAACAAAAUCAAAGACUACACAAACAUCAACUUCAGCAUCAAUAACAACAGAGCUACCCACGGCUGCAAAACAAACUAAUGAAUCAACAUCAAUUUACAGCACAUUACCACAUCGUGUUUCAGUGAUUUCCACCACACAAAGUACACCAGCAAUGAACACAGCAUUUACAACACAAACUAAAGCAACUGUGGAAACAGUGUCCUCAACUCCAUCAGCAGAAUCUAUUCCAUUCACAAUAGAAUCAUCAACAACACCAACACAAAGUACAGUUGUAACAACAAAAUCAGCCACUUUAGAAACAGCAGUAUCUGGAACAUCCAAAUCAGUGACUUCACAAACAUCAGCAACAUUAACAACAGAGAAACUCACAGCAGCAGAAUUAACUGAGGAGUCGACUACAAUUCCCAGCCCAUCGACACAUAGUGCAUCAGUGAUGUCAACCACACAAAGUACACCAGCUAGGGCAACAUCAUUUACAAAACAAACUAGAGGACCUGUGGAAACAGUGUCCACAACUACUUCAACAACAUAUAUUCCACUCACAAGAAAAACAACAACAACACCAACACAAUUUACAGUUGUAACCACAUCAUCAGAAACUUCAGCAGAAGCUGAACCAUCUGUAACAGCCAAAUCAGAGACUACACAAACAUCAACUUCAGCAUCAAUAACAACAGAGCUACCCACGGCUGCAAAACACACUUCUGAGUCAACGACAAUUCCCAGCACAUCAACACAUAGUGGAUCAGUGACUACAAUAACACAAACUACACCAUCUACUCCAGAAACAUCAGAAACAACACCAACUGUGUCAACAACCAUACCAACACAAUCUAUUCCGGCCACAAUAGAAUCCUCAACAACAGCAACAGAGAGUACAGCAAUUGUUUUUUCAUCACCACAAAGUUUAACACACGUUACAGUUGUAAAUACACAAUCAGCAUCUUCAGCAGAAGCUGAACCAUCUGUAACAGCCAAAUCAGAGACUACACAAACAUCAACUUCAGCAUCAAUAACAACAGAGCUACCCACGGCUGCAAAACACACUUCUGAGUCAACGACAAUUCCCAGCACAUCAACACAUAGUGGAUCAGUGACUACAAUAACACAAACUACACCAUCUACUCCAGAAACAUCAGAAACAACACCAACUGUGUCAACAACCAUACCAACACAAUCUAUUCCGGCCACAAUAGAAUCCUCAACAACAGCAACAGAGAGUACAGCAAUUGUUUUUUCAUCACCACAAAGUUUAACACACGUUACAGUUGUAAAUACACAAUCAGCAUCUUCAGCAGAAGCUGUGCCAUCUGUAACAACCAAAUCAGAGACUACACAAACAUCAACUUCAGCAUCAAUAACAACAGAGCUACCCACGGCUGCAAAACACACUUCUGAAUCAACAUCAAUUCACAGCACAUCAACACAUAGUGGAUCAGUGAUUUCCACCACACAAAGUACACCACCUAUGGACACAGCAUUUACAACACAAACUGGAGGACUUGUAGAAAGAUUGUCGAACACUAGUUCAACAACAUAUAUUCCAAUCACAAUGAAAACACCAACAACACCAACACAAUUUAUGGUUGGAACCACAAAAUCAGAAACUUCAGCAGAAGCUGCGCCACCUGUAACAACAAAAUCAGAGACUACACGAACAUCAACUUCAGCAUCAAUAACAACAGAGCUACCCACGGCUGCAAAACAAACUAAUGAAUCAACAUCAAUUUACAGCACAUUACCACAUCGUGUUUCAGUGAUUUCCACCACACAAAGUACACCAGCAAUGAACACAGCAUUUACAACACAAACUAAAGCAACUGUGGAAACAGUGUCCUCAACUCCAUCAGCAGAAUCUAUUCCAUUCACAAUAGAAUCAUCAACAACACCAACACAAAGUACAGUUGUAACAACAAAAUCAGCCACUUUAGAAACAGCAGUAUCUGGAACAUCCAAAUCAGUGACUUCACAAACAUCAGCAACAUUAACAACAGAGAAACUCACAGCAGCAGAAUUAACUGAGGAGUCGACUACAAUUCCCAGCCCAUCGACACAUAGUGCAUCAGUGAUGUCAACCACACAAAGUACACCAGCUAGGGCAACAUCAUUUACAAAACAAACUAGAGGACCUGUGGAAACAGUGUCCACAACUACUUCAACAACAUAUAUUCCACUCACAAGAAAAACAACAACAACACCAACACAAUUUACAGUUGUAACCACAUCAUCAGAAACUUCAGCAGAAGCUGAACCAUCUGUAACAGCCAAAUCAGAGACUACACAAACAUCAACUUCAGCAUCAAUAACAACAGAGCUACCCACGGCUGCAAAACACACUUCUGAGUCAACGACAAUUCCCAGCACAUCAACACAUAGUGGAUCAGUGAUUUCCGCCACACAAAGUAAAGCACCAUAUAGCGUUGCAUCUUUAAAACCAACACCCCUACUAUCCUACACAACAGCAGAAUCACUAAAUUCAUUUCAGAACGACAAUACUACAAAUGUCACAUCCUUCAACGCACAAAAAACUGUGACAGUUAUGACAGACGUUGCCACAGACUCAAGUUCACUUCUGCCUUGGUCAUUUUCCCCGGAAGCAUCAACUCUAAAUCCUGCUGAAGUCAACACAACACAGCAGCAAGUUGAUCCUAACUCUGUUCCCUUAUCUGGAGGAAAUACAGUAUUUUUCAAAUAUAGCCCCAUAAUUGCUUCUGUGAGGCCCCUUGACUUUGAAUACCCAACUGUGAUAUGGACCACAUUCCAAGUUUUGGAUGCCUUCUCUGAAGAGAUGAACGAGCCAAAUCAGAACAACACAAAUUAGGUAAUUACAAACGUUUUUAAGGAGUAGUUUAACAUGUUAAGAAACACAUUUUUUUCUUUUCAAUAGUUAAAUGAGAACAAUAACAUCACUCUCAUAUUUGUAAUGCUGCAGCCUGUAGAUGAUGAGCUUAACAUAAAGAAUGGCUAUGUCCAAUGGUAACAAAAUCUGCCUACCUAAUUGUCUGAAAUGUUGUCUUACAACUUUCCAGGUUUUUGCUAAGCUCAGCUAACUGGUUGCUGGCUGUUGCUACAUAUUAAAGUCUACAGCAUAUUUCCCGAAAUUGAAAAUGUUACCUUUACAGUCUGUGAUAUUAUUAUAUUCAUAUAUUCAUAUACUACCAAAAUAAGCGGAUUUAAUGUACUGUACAUAUCAUCACUGAUACGGUUUCUUACACUGAAUGCUAGUUUUCUUAGCUCAGCUGACCAUUGAUUAUGAGCAGCCAACUGCUAAGUAGCUAAAAGAAGAAAGAAGAAAUGUACACUUUUAUUAUCCCCGUGGGGAGCAACUGGGGAUACAGUGUCUUGCUCAAGGACACUUCGACAUGUUGGGAGGACAGGUAUCGAAACCUGCUACCUUGUGGUUACAGGACGACCACCCUACCCCAAGAGCCACAAAUAUGGGGAGGGGUUAAGACCUGCAUAGUUGUGUCUAAACAUUUUUUAAAUAGAAAUACAACGUCAAUAAUUGGGGAUACAAUGUAUUGCUCAAGGACACUUUGACAUUCAACUAUAGCGGGAUCGGGAAUUGAACACCAUACAUUAUGGUUAUGGGAUGACCACUCAUCCCCAUGAGCUACAGCCAACUCCCAAAUAACAGUAAAAUGGUAGCUGUGAAGAAGACCGUGUGCAGCCACAAAUAUAUUUAUCACUCAGCAACCAAUUCAAUAGAUGGUUAUAACAAGCAUUGUUAAAAUGUCCAAAUAACUUCUUCCAACAUGUUUAAAAUUGCUUUGGCCAGUUACACUCCCAUUUGUCUCCGUCUGUGUGUCCUUUUUUAAGGUAACACAAAA